AUGGUUUGUGAUACUUUGACAAUUGACAAUUUCGGCCAACCAGUACAUAUAGGCACCGGCGAAUUGAAUGCGCAAGAUGCGUACGACUGUCUCCGAGCUAUACCUUUCGACGCGGGAAAAGGUGUCACCUUCGUUCAAGAAGCACGGAAGCAUCUCGAGUGGCAAUCCAACAUCGAUUCUCUGAGAGACCCUCCUUCGCCUGCUGCGACUGCCUUCGGCCACGUAGAUCUGCUACAAGGUCUGUCAGACAUUGAACAAAAGGCUCAAGCCAAGGGCUACGCUAGUCAGGUCGACUUUGACACCGCAAUCAGAACCCUACUCAGCUCUGCUAAUGAUGGACAUCUUGGUAUUGCUGGCCUAUGCACAGACAGCAUAUUUUCCUUCCGUUUUGAUACCAUCCUGGUCUCAGUAGCCAACUCUAGUACUUCCGCACCAGGGGUCUACGAAUAUGACUCCCUCGGAUCGGGGAAUGAUAGCGACACGGCCAUCUCACCAAUAUCAACCAUUGACGGUCGCCCUGCUGCUGAGUUCCUGAGCGAAUACGCCUCCCUCAUAACUUUGCGAGAUGCUGAUGCGCGAUACAAUGCGCUAUUUGCGUCAGCCGCACGUCAUGGCGGUGUACAGACCCUGCGAGGAAUGUUCCGGUCCCUGAAUACCCUGUGGACUGGAUAUCCUGUUCUUAACUAUACAUAUGCCAACGGCACUGAGAGUAGUUGGCAUACGGCGGCUUUUCUUAACAGUAACCCAAGCCGGUGGAACUAUACUACCGGUGAUGAGCUCUUCGACGCAUUCUGUGCGCCGGCAAUUAAGCCAUCAUCAACCUCUAACGAAACCACAUCAUCGAACUCCACCAGUCCGGAGGAGCCGUCUACGGCACCCACUCAGACAGCUUUCUCGGAAGCAUAUCCCAAGCCUGUUGUACGCGAUCCAUUCAAUACGCUUGCAGGAUUCUACCUUCCUGCUCCAUAUGACGAUACUGCGGUGCUCUUCAUUCCAGACUUUCACACCGAUGGCGAAGACGUCUACACAGGAUUAGCACUACCGGACGACGAACCAGCCAACUUUGGAAAGGCUGCCGCCGAGUUUAUCUCUCGUGCCAAAUCCGACAAGAAAAUGCGUCUCGUCAUUGACCUCACAGGUAACGGUGGCGGGACCAGCCUCCAGGGAUUCAACCUCUUCAAGCUCUUCUUCCCCACUACGCCGAUCUAUAACGGGAACCGCUAUCGCAAUCACGACUUCUCACGUCUACUCAUGAAGUCACUUGACACUUACGGUGAGGACUACACUGACGAGUUCACUUACCCUCUCGCCCGCCACUUCGCCUGGCAAGGUCAAGUCUCACCAACCCAAACUGCCCUGGACUGGACCUCAUACCGCAAUUUCACUGGUGGAGAAACGUCGAACCUGACCGCGCUCACGUCCUUUCAGAAUUUUACCGCGAAUUCAAACCCGGCUCUUCCAGUUCAAGGCUACUCAAACGCCACCACAACAUUCACAUCCGCGCCUUUCGCACCAGAGGACAUCCUGAUCGUCACGGACGGCUACUGUGCCUCUACCUGCUCGAUCUUCGUAGAUCUGAUGACCUCGCAAGGUGGCGUAAACAAGACACUUGUCUUUGGCGGUCGUCCACCUUCCUCCUCCCGCGAGUCCAACGAAUCCAUCAAACCCAUGCAACUCGUUGGCGGCACUCGUGGCACCGAACAAUACGACUGGGCCACCCUGGCCGAUGUGGCCGGUGGGGCGCUCGACUAUGCCCAGGAGCGCCUCAACGCAAGCAAGCCCACGCUAUCAGAGGAGGAGAUUGCACGGUUCAAGGAGCUGAUGCCCCUUCCACCCUCUGAGUUCCCGCUGCAGUUCCAGAGCGGUAGUGUGAAUCUGCGCAACGGAUACGACAAGGGCAGUGAUGUGCCGUUGGAGUUUGAGAGCCUGGAGGCGAAGUGUCGCCUGUACUAUACCAAGGAGAAUAUUCUGGAGCCCGCGACAACCUGGCGGGACGCGGUAGAUGCGGUCUGGGGCGGGAAAAGCUGCGCAGCUGUGGGCGGUGGUGGUGUAGAUGGAGAUCGAUCGCAGAGUCAGUCGAGCCAGGAUGAGACGCAAAGUAACAGAGCCUCCGCUAUGACACGUGGAGGUCCAGGAGUCGGGGCGGCCGUAUUGUUCACAGCGGCGUCCAUUGCUGCCGUCGCAACUGUACCGGGGUGGUAG